CGCGGGCGCUUCUCAGGCUGGUGAGGAGCAAUGCAGGCUUUUCUGAAAGGUCCAUCGUCAAUCAGUACAAAACCACCACCUUCUAAGGAACGGGGAGCAGCUGCCACUGCGGGAAGCAGUGGGGAGGGCAAGAGAGUCAGACCCAUCCCUUGGGUGGAAAAAUACCGCCCAAAGUGUGUGGAUGAAGUUGCAUUUCAAGAGGAAGUUGUUGCUGUACUGAAGAAAUCCUUAGAGGGAGCUGAUCUUCCCAAUCUCUUGUUCUAUGGCCCCCCUGGGACUGGAAAGACAUCGACUAUUUUGGCAGCAGCUAGAGAACUCUAUGGGCCUGAACUUUUCCGGCAGAGGGUCCUCGAGUUAAAUGCAUCUGACGAACGCGGAAUACAAGUCAUUCGAGAGAAAGUGAAGACUUUUGCCCAGCUAACAGUUUCGGGAAGCCGUUCAGAUGGCAAGCCAUGUCCCCCUUUUAAGAUUGUGAUCUUGGACGAAGCAGACUCUAUGACCUCAGCAGCCCAGGCAGCUUUAAGGCGCACCAUGGAGAGAGAAUCCAAAACGACACGUUUUUGCCUUAUCUGUAAUUAUAUCAGCAGGAUAAUUGAACCCAUCACAUCUCGGUGCUCUAAAUUUCGUUUCAAGCCCCUUUCAGACAAAAUCCAACAGCAGAGACUUCUAGACAUCGCUGAAAAGGAGAAUGUGACAGUCAGCAGCGAGGCGAUCUCUUGCCUUGUUCAUGUGUCUGAAGGAGACUUGAGAAAAGCCAUCACACUUCUCCAGAGUGCCACGCGACUAACAGGCAAGAAAGAAGUUACAGAGCAAGUUGUCACUGAAAUUGCAGGGGUUGUACCUAAAGAAAUACUGGAUGGAUUACUAGCUGCCUGUCAGAGUGGCUCAUUUGAAAAACUGGAAGUUGUUACUCAGAAUCUGAUAAACGAAGGUUACGCUGCCACGCAGCUUAUUAAUCAGCUUCAUGAUAUCAUUGUUGAGAAGGAGGAACUCAGCGACAAGCAGAAAUCUGUUAUAGCAGAGAAGUUUGCUGAGGCAGACAAAUGCUUGGCAGACGGUUCUGAUGAGUUCUUGCAAUUGAUCAGCCUCUGUGCAGUUCUGAUGCAGCAGCUCACUCAAAAUAGCUAGCUGCAGUGCAAAGCUGACUCCGUGGCGGCUCCAGCCAGGA